AUGGACCAAGAAGAAUAUGAGACUCUGCUUGAGAUCACCGCAAGAUGCCAACUUAUGGAUAUUGACGAACUUAGGGCCGGAAUAAAAGGCAAAGCUCGCUCUGGCAGCCCCUCCAAUCCAGUAUCCGAUCUUGAAUUUGCUUACGAUGCGAUGGAAGCUGAAGCUAGAGCAACGCUGCAAUUAAUUCAAGACCGCAAAAUUGCCAGGAGUGUCGAGCACACCUCUCAAGAAGACAUAGAUUUAAUCAACACUAUUGCCGAAAUCGAAAGAAGAGAGCAGGCAGAUCGCCAAUAUGCGCUCUCGCUCUCCACUAAUCCAAGCGCAUCGCCUCCCCCUUCUCCCACCGGGUCGUCUCUCGGAACUCCAGCUUCUGGAUCCGCGUUCGGGGGCGGGCCCAUCUAUCAGAAUAUCCGAUACGAGAGCCCAUUCGCUAGUAGUAGCUCGAGUUUGUCAUGGUCUACAUUUGACGCACCACUUGGACCACGAAGUUCUGGGUCAAGCCUAUUUGAUUCUGUCAAACCUCGGGCAGGCUCUAGUACUGGCAAAUCUGCAUUUGUACCAUCCAUAUUGAGACUCCCGGUCGGAAGAUCUUCUGUCGAUUGCGUAAUCUGCGCGGACUCUACCUCACAGGCCUAUCAAGCGCCAUGUGGAUGUUUCUAUGAUCGCCAGUGUCUAACUGAGCUCUUUGACAAGGCAACUGUCGACGAAUCUUUAUUCCCUCCGAGUUCGAGUCCAAGUCAGAAGAGUUCAAGACGCCUAAUAGACUAUACUGCUGCAACUCUAGUUGCUCAAGGUUCCUUGGUCCAGCUGCAUCAAAUGAACGAGAAAAAAGCGCAAGAUUGUGCACGCAAUGCUGGCGGACGACUUGCUCAUUCUGCAAAAAUGCGUCCCAUGCAUCUCACGUUCCUUGCGAGACCGAUACUUCAGCGCAACAAGUUCUUGCCCUUGGGCGUCAAGAAGGCUGGCAGACUUGCCCGAGCUGUCACCACAUGGUUGAGCUCGAUACUGGGUGUUACCAUAUGA